AUGACGCAGAGCCUUCAGGACCUGUGUGCACUGCCCGCGCUCCUCAACGGUGACUCCUGCAAGGUGGUCUGUUCGAGUCGACGAGGAGCUCCGUGGAGCUUUGUGAUGCUGGUCUCUGUGAGCGGGCUCCCUCAUGGGCAGCUGUGGAGGCCACCCCUGCCCUGGCGUCUCUACGUCCCCAAGGACUCGUGGCACGUGCAGGAGCAAGUGAUGCAGCGCGCGAGGCCGGCACGAGCUGCUUCUGCAUCUCUCUCCUCUUCCCGAGCUCACACGCUGCUCGAUGUCGCCUCCGACCGCCCCGCAGUAAUCACAUCCUGUCUGGUGGCCUUUUGUGCAAAGGAAUGGAGUGUUCAAAUGCAGGGGGUUCGUUCCGGCAGCGACGGCGAAGGAAUUGCUAUCUGUGACACCUGCAUUGCAAGGAACUUCUAUUACAUUACAAUGCUGAGGGAUCCAGUGUCACGGUACUUGAGCGAGUGGAAACAUGUCCAGAGAGGUGCGACAUGGAAAACUUCCCUUCAUAUGUGCGAUGGAAGAAGUCCAACGCCCGACGAGCUUCCUACCUGUUACAAGGGAGAAGACUGGUCUGGAGUCAGUUUGCAGGAAUUCAUGGAUUGUAGCUACAACUUAGCCAACAACCGCCAGGUGCGCAUGCUGGCAGACCUCAGCCUGGUGGGAUGUUACAACUUGACUUUUAUGAAUGAGAGCGAAAGAAAUAUGAUCCUUCUCCAAAGCGCCAAGAACAAUCUGAAAAAUAUGGCCUUCUUUGGACUCACAGAAUUUCAGAGGAAAACGCAGUAUCUCUUUGAGAGGACAUUCAACCUGAAAUUCAUUUCCCCAUUCACCCAGUUCAAUGUUACACGGGCCUCCAAUGUGGACAUAGAUGAGGGUGUGCGGCAACGGAUAGAGGAGCUGAAUUUCUUGGACAUGCAGCUCUAUGAAUACGCAAAGGACCUCUUCUUGCAGCGCUUCCAGUACUCCAAGCAAGAGGAGCAUCAGAAGAAUCGGCUUAAAAGGCGAGAGGAGCGGAGGCUGCUGCGGGAGCAGAGAGCUCACCAGUGGCCAAAGGAAGAGGUAGAGGCAGCACAAGUUGCUGUUACUGAAGAUUAUAAUAGUCAGGUUGCAAGAUGGUGACACUCCUGCCUCUUGACUAGAUGAUGAGCAUCAGAGAGGAUGGUAUUUUGUGCAACUA